AGGAAUGAAUACCUAGCUAGUAAUUCUUAACAACAAUCACCACUAUCAUUAUCUUUUUUUUUUUUUUAUCUAUCUAUAUUUAUCACAAUCACAGUAAAUUAAGAUGAAGAGGAAAGUCGCAGUAUCAUUAUUGUUUAUGUGCUUUCUGAUUCUUGCUGUGGACGUGCAGUUCUGUCAAGCUUCCGCUGCUUCUUCUCGAUGCUUCGAGAGAUGUAUGCAAGGGAAGAAGGUUGAUCCAAAGAAAGGUGUACCCAAUCCAAGAGAUCAUGUGGAAGAUCGUUUGAAAUAUGAUUCCGCUCGACAUGGAUGCGAAACCAUGUGUGGAGGACUUCCUUAAUCACCCGUGGGAAUUCUUUAAGAAGAUGAAGUAUUAACAAGUUAGCGACAUUUGGAUCCAGUAUUUAAUAAAAUAGCUGUGUAUCAACCCAAAGGAAAUACUGAUGCUACUGAAAACGUGAUCAUAAAGAUUGAAAGUAAGAGUAUUCGGUUACACCAAUUGCAUCAUGCACGAUGAAGCUGUUGCAUUUUAUUUAUUUUCUAUUUUCAACAUAGGAUAUGAAAAUACUUAAAAUAAAAAUGAUAAUAAUAGUGAUGAAUUUCUCGAUACUUUGUCGUUACAUUAUAAUACCUGAAUAAUCUCCUAAUUAAAGAAACCAAAUAAUAUAUCGGAGAUCACUUUCAGAAAAAUGUUAGAUCUGCAAUCAAGUCAUACAUACUCUGUUUCACAAUAAUCAAGUCUUACUUCCAAAAUUAACAUUCACAUCUCCACUAUAAAUACCAUUCUUUGCUAAAUAUCCAAAGUACAACUCAAAAUCUCAAUAAAAGAAGAAGAAGAAGAAGAAGAAAGAAAAAAAUGGCUUCAUCAAUUGUCCUCCUAAUCUCCAUUCUAUUACCUCUUUCACUCGUGCUCGGAGACGCUGACUUGAUCCAGAAUGUGUGCCAGAAGACACAGUAUCCCGAUCUAUGCACAUCGACAUUAAACUCCUACAGGGGUAGCCCACUUACAGAUGUAAAAGGUCUAGCCACUAUCAUGAUUAAUGCUGGUUCCGCUAAUGCUGCAGACACAUCCAGAUUCAUACUCGCCGAGCUUGUUAAAACUGUUUCUGGUCCAGCUGCAGUUAAAGUAUUUAAGAGAUGCAGCGAAGAUUACAAAGAAGCGAAGACUUCUCUGGACGGAUCAGUUCCGUUUCUGAGUUCCUGGGACUAUGACUUGGCAUCGAUUGCAGUAAAUGCUGGCCGGGAUUAUUCUGAUAGGUGCCGUGAUUCGUUUACUUUCUUCAAUCCUCCAUUAUCUUAUCCUGAUGCACUGGAACAAAGAGAAGUCAGAUUUGUGGAGUUGGUUGUUGUUGCUGCCGAUAUCAUCAAACAGCUUGUGAAUAUUAAUUAAGUAAUAAAAGAUGGAGUUUUAAUAAUGAGAUUUUGAUUUAUCGAUCAAAACAAUAUAAUGAGUUUUAAUUUAUAUGUUUUCUUGUAGUUAUUUCGAUCUAUUAAUGAGUAACCGUAAUCGCAUUCUCCUCCCCGGUUGGUACU